AUGUCCUCCGAGGCUGCCAACAUCCGAGUCGCGUGUCUAAAGACAUCAUGCCACCCCGACGAUGCCGAGAGAUGCAGGCCAUCCCGAUCGAUGACCGAGAAAAAACUCGGCUUUCCGCAAACCUCGUACCUCAUUUACCCGAUCUCCCUCAAUUCCCCAACAAUCGUCAACUUCGGUCCUCUUUCGGGCGAGACAUCAACCUCGCUGGCCUCGGGGUACAUUACCCCGAGCCGCGCCGACCCAACAAACGUGCUGGCCGGGACACACGAACCCGAGUUCCCUCUUGCGCGUCCGGUUGAGAGGUUAGACGCCAGCACUAGCUGGGUGAAGGGAUGGGGAUGGAGGUCAUUUUGUAGUCUCGCAUUUCGCUCUCCGACCGACCGAGAGAUGAAUUCCGUCGGCAAUUGA